AUGUUACAUGCUCCUGCAUCUGAACCUGCACUAAUGACUGCAAUCAAGGCCUUGCACCCAACAUCGAAACCCGCCCAAGUUGAGGCGUCGACUGAACCCGAGUCCAUCAGUCCUGGUCAGACCUACACCUUGAACCCAGAUUUUACAGGCAGUGUCGGUGGUGGUGGACCUCAAGGAGGUUUCCGCUUCAACAACCAGGCUGAUAGCGCUGCCCCUAUCCUCUACAGAACGAUGGGUUUCGAGAGGUCUCCCAUCUACGUUGGAUCCUCACAACUCCCGAGAGGCGCCAGUCAGGAAAUCCAGCCCGGUAACAAGGUGACCGUCUGGUUUCAGUCCAAUGUGUCCACUGGAACCAUGAUCGAUAGAUUUUAUUCACAGCCCUUUGAUAUUGACAUGUCGGAAAGGACUAAUGCCACAGUCGUCUUUAGUGACGAUUUCAGGUGGUCGCUUCAGUAG